AUGGAUGAAACGAAGUCAAAAUCACAUCCAGAAGACUGCUUGGAGACAAACUAUGUGGAUCCAAUGAUUGCUCUGCUUAUACCGAAGCCAAAAAUGACUCUUGGAGAACAUUUUGACCGAAAUACUGACAAGAUUCAAGACAAAGGUUGUUGUCUUCGUUUUGAUAAUGCAUGCUGUUCAAUGCUCGGUCGAUGGUGGAAUGUUCGUUAUAAAUGGCAACGUGAAGUUGUUCGCUUUGUCGAACAACCACUUUUCCACAUAAUUGUCAUUGCACUCGUACUCAUCGAUUGUUUUAUUAUGAUAACUGAGUUUAUUCUUGAUUUUAUCAAACUUAAAAAAUCAUGCGACUCAAAACAUAUUAAUCAUACCACUGAACAUAAUGGACAAAUGUAUGAUCAGAUAGAGUUUAUUGCCGAAAUUCUUGACUAUUGCUCUCUGGCACUGUUGGUUGUAUUCGUCAUUGAAGUGCUUAUCAAAGUUUAUGCAUUCGGACGACAUUGGUGGAAUUUUCAUGAGAAAAAAAUGGAAUGGUUGGACGCCACUAUUGUUAUUGCUUCUUUCAUUAUCGAUCUAAUUACCAUGCAUAGAGACAAUGUCUUCGCUGGCAUACCUUUACUUUUUAUUUCUCUUCGUCUAUGGCGUUUUAUUGGAAUCAUCAAUGAUGUGGCUCAGACCAUCCGAUCUCAAGAUGAAAAUAAGAAGAAACAUUUGUCUACUAAUUAUCAUGAUGUGAUUGAUGUUCUCUUGACCAUUUCGGAAAAAAAGACAGUUAUGCUCUCGGAAUUUGGUCAUGGAAUGACACCAGACAAUUCUGACAACGUUCUUAAAAAUUUUGAAACAAUUGAUGAAUCGUGUCGUACAAUUCUUGGACAUUGUCCCUACCCAUCGUCGUUAGAUUCGAUUACGGAGAUGAAUCAUCAUUUACUCGGUACAAUAGGAAGGCUCCGAUUGAUAUUAUUUACAAUUAGUUCAUCAUCUAACAAGAAUGUCGACAACUAA